CUCUCUCUCUCUCUGUCCCUCUGUCUCUCUGUUUCUCCAACUUCAUCAGCGGCGCCGGUGACGAGAGGAUGCUUUUCAUGCCAAAGCUCUGAGGAGUGGAGAGACAAGAUCGAGCCGAGAGCAGGGGAGACCCCGAGGGCCUCGCGACUCACACUCUUCAUCGCCUUACAAAGACGCAAAGAUGGAUUCUGAAGGAGAUGAGAGCCGCGCUGAGCGAUGCAACGGCAAUGCUAUUCCGCCUGACUGCAUCAUCGACACGCACAGCCUGCACCUCUCCACUGCGAGGAAGAGGAGCGCGGCCGAAGGCGCCCGCGGCGCGCCGGUUAACAAGAGGAAGUCUCUGCUGAUGAAACCGCGGCACUACAGUCCCAGUGAAGAGGAGGAGGAGGAGGAGGACCAGGAGGAGGACCUGGCAACUGCUCAGGACAAAGACGCACCCAGGAACAUUGACACUCCAGCAGACGAAGACCUUGACUGCCUCGACUACAGAGACAAAUCUCACGGCUCGCUGUCGUGGUCGGAGCGCACCAGCUUGUGUUCUCCCGAACCGUCCCAGAACGAAUGCGAGGAGAAAUGGCUCGAUAAAGACCUUUGUGAAAAAAGCCCAGAGAAAGAAACAGACCGAGAGGAAUGUGGGUGGAUUAGUUCUCGCCCUCUGACCGCGCCCGGUGCUGCGUGCCCGAGCCCUAACUCCGCCGACGAAGCCCGGCCCGAGAAACACUUUGGACUUCAGCUCCCGAUGUACAUGAGUCACGCGGCCAGUGGGCUCCUGAUGGAUGAUUUCGCCUACUCGAGGGAGGUUAGUGACAACGAGGACGAGGCCCAGGUGCCCAAGCUGGACGACCCCUUUGGAGGCUGGGCGCUGGGCAUGGGCAUGGAGCGGGCACGGCUCAACCUGGGCCUCCUGGAGCAGGCCAUGCACAGGCAGCUCCUCCACGGUGCCUACAGGGAAAUGGACCGCUUCCUGUUGGAACGGGUCAACCAAGAAAGGAGACAAAUGGAUGCGCGUGCUAUCUACCAUAACAGCAAAGACUCGCUAAGAACAGAUAAGAAAGACAUCAAGUGUCCGACCCCAGGGUGUGACGGGACGGGUCACGUGACUGGAUUGUACCCACACCACAGAAGUCUGUCGGGAUGUCCCCACAAAGUCCGAGUGCCUCCUGAAAUUCUAGCCAUGCACGAAAAUGUGCUGAAGUGCCCGACCCCGGGCUGCACAGGAAGAGGUCACGUCAAUAGUAACCGCAGCACUCACCGGAGCCUGUCUGGAUGCCCAAUUGCUGCAGCGGAGAAAGGUUCUAAACCCCAAGAUGACCUGUCCAAGUGUAGACAAACUCCAGACAAGAUGGCAAGACCUUUGAUUCAGAUGAAGAAGUUUGACUUUGGGCAGCUCGCCUACCAGUUUGCCCAUCCUGUGAGCGCCCUGCAGGUGGGCAUGGCCAAAGAGAUGGACAAGUACAGCAAGGGUCACUUCGACUACGCCAGCUUUGACGCUCAGGUGUUCGGCAAACAGAACCAGAUGAUGUCCGAUCAGAAUCAGGAGGCCUCGCAUCUCCAUGACUCCGCCGCACAGUUCCCCUGUUUCCUGGCUGCAGGCGGUCGUGUGGCGAAACCCGGGGGGCAAAGCCCAGGCCGACCCCCAGCCCAGGGUAGCGUCCUUCAGUCAGGUACGGCGUCCAGCGCCAUCCUCAACCUCUCUACCCGUUACCGGGACAACGGCGAUGCCCGACCACUGGCAUCGUUCACAAAGGACUCUGUGAUUGAAGUAGACGAGAACGGUACUCUGGACCUGAGCAUGAAGAAGAAGAAGGAGAAGACCACGGACUCGCCGGUCGCGCCCGCGUUAGGAGACGCCGCGUUCACCCCUCCCGAACCCUCUCUGGCCAAAGUGGGCGGACUCCAGAUCUCCACGGCGUUCUUCCGAGCCGUGUACGAGCAGGAGGGCUGGGACGCGCCCCUGAAUUUCAGCAAAGCGCCGCUUCAUCAGGACAAAGACAUGGAGCAGCUGGACAGGAUGUCGCUCGAGGAUAAAGUCUUCGCCGGAGACGCGAGCAUGACCGGUGCCAAGAACAAGAUGCUCAUACGAGACACCAAGAAAGAGCUGAUGAGCUGUCCAACACCUGGUUGUGACGGGAGCGGCCAUGUGACAGGAAAUUAUGCAUCGCACAGAAGUGUAUCUGGAUGUCCGUUAGCCGACAAGACCCUCAAAUCCCUGAUGGCUGCAAACGCCCAGGAACUGAAGUGCCCGACCCCUGGAUGUGACGGUUCAGGUCACGUUACAGGAAACUAUGCAUCCCAUCGAAGUUUGUCAGGCUGUCCGCGCGCCCGGAAAGGCAACCUGAAGCUCACGCCAAGCAAAGACGAGAAGGAGGAGCCAGACAUCAAGUGCCCUGUAGUGGGCUGUGACGGGCAGGGCCACGUCUCGGGGAAAUACACCUCCCACCGCAGUGCUGGCAGCUGCCCCGUCGCUGCGAAGCGGCAGAAGGAGAUGAACGGCAUGGCCUUCUCCUGGAAAAACUGCAAGCAGGAGCUGCCUCACUGCCCUCUGCCUGGGUGCAACGGUUUGGGCCACGCCAACAACGUGUUCGCCACACACAGGAGUUUGUCAGGUUGCCCGCUAAACGCUCAGAGCAUCAAGAGGAAGCUCUCAGGAGACGAGAUGAUGACUAUCAAACUGAAAACCAGCAGUGGCAUUGAGAGCAGCGAGGACAUGCAGCACUUGGAUCAUGAAAUCAAGGAGCUCAACGAGUCUAAUUUGAAAAUCGAGGCCGACAUGAUGCAGCUCCAGACACAGAUCUCGUCCAUGGAGUGCAACCUCAAGACCAUCCAGGAAGAGAACAAGAUGAUCGAGCAGCACAAUGACAGCCUGCUGAAGGAGCUGGCGCGGCUCAGCCAAGCCCUCAUCAACAGCCUUACUGACAUCCAGCUACCGCAAAUGGGUCCAAUCAACGAGCAGAACUUUGAAGCCUACAUCAAGACUUUGACGGAUAUGUACAACAGUUCGGAACACGAGUAUUCGCCAGAAUGCAAGGCCUUGCUGGACAGCAUCAGACAGGCCAUUAAGGGCAUCCAAGUAGAAACUGUCUGCUCACCAUGAAAUGCUGCAUUUGUGGACAAGCAAUAUCUCUGGACAUCUUUUAUUCACUGGGUUCAUUUUAUUUAUUUGGGUGGCUGGCUGCAAACCAUGUGCAACUAAUUCUAAAAAAUAUAUAUAUUAUUAUUAUUAUAUUCCAUGUGUACUGAUAAACGCCAGCCAUAUUUUAUUUCAUUGACAUUUUUUCUGAGAUUGUUAAUAACCCUUUGCACAUAUUUAUUUAAUUUGCUUGACUUGUUCGUUUUUCGUGUAUUUAUACUUACCGCUAAUAUUUAUAAUCUGUCUUAUUUAUUGUCCUUACUCAUCGAAAAUAAUUUAUCAAACGCUAAUAUAUUUUUAUUUAUUUUUUCCGUGUGUGAGGGUUGAUCACUGUUGCGCACUUCGGCUCUUUGUGUUGGCCCCCCCGAGCACAUCCGCGUUGCUAUACUUUGUUUGGUAGUUUUUUUUUCUGUUGUUUAAACAACGGUUUGUUUGCCUCGGUGAUAUUUCUUUAAGCGAUGAACGAUGUCAACAAGAGGAAUAAUGAUACUAUUACACCACCUAGUGGUCAAAUGCUCUUACUGCACCAUGCCAGGCUCACUUUUUCUCCUGAAUGUAUUGCGUGUGUUAAACCUUGGGAUCAAUUUGGUAGGUAAUCCUAACCACUGAGGCCAAAACUGUUCCGUUAAACUGCACUUAUUAGUUUUUAACAUCGAAAUGAACAGACACAAUAAAAGAAAUUACUCCCUGAAAUUUAUUCCUGUCAAUAUAAACUGCCUUUCGUGUGCACACCGAUGUGUGUGCAUGUAUGUGCCUAUAUGUAAAUGAUUACAUGGAAUAUAUUAUGUUUUGUGGUAGAACAGUAUUACGUGAAUGGUGAUUUCUUUAUUAUACAGCAUAUUUAUUUUUUUUCCAAAAGAAAAAACGCCUAUGAGUCCGUUUAGCUAAUGCUUAUAUGCCAUUCGAAGUCGAAGUCUGUAAUUAUAUUGUUGUAAUAUUGAUCAAGUGUUUAAUCUUUGCUAUGAGUUUCCAUCAAGCUAAAGCACAAAAAAAAAACAAUUUAGAUUUGUGUAACUAAAAUUAGAGAACUGUUGAGUGAACAACCAGCUAAAGUUUUUACCAGAACAAUUAUUACUGAAAAUUAUUUUUCACAAAAGGUUAGUUGGUAAAAUUCCACCAAGUUAAAAAAAAAAACAAGUUUAACAAGUAAAAAUUUAAGAGUAAAAAAGAAGUCAAAUCAGUGUAUGACCUUGCAUCUUUCCACUUAUAAAUGGGAUUUCUUUAAAAUUUGAGUAUCGGGAGACGGCCGUGACAUUUUACACUUUUCAGAUUUUUACGGGCAAAUAUUCUUACAACCUUAAAAUUAAAAUCUAUUUGUCUUUAAACAGCCAUGACUAAAGUUUAAAAAAAAAAAAGAUUUAAAAAGAGAAAUGUACAGGUUUGACCAAAUGAUCCUCCGUUAACGUUCUCUUAAAUCAGCCGGAAUCGGAUACUUUCAAACGACGUGUACUUUGUAAUUAUGUUAUUUGUAAUUUCUAAUAUUUUAAUUUAUAAAACCACACAUUGUUUGCUCAGGAACUUUUGUGAGGACUAUUCCUGUUUGUAUUUGAUGUUUUGUAAUGUGAACUGAAUUGGGAAUUUUUUUUUCUUGUGUAAUAAUAUUAGUAUAAAAAACGCUGUACUGUAAAUUAUUGUUUCUUUUUUUUGUUGAAAGCAAUUUUUUUUUCAGUUAAAGUAGUUUCUAUAUCAAAGUUUCUUUACACUUUUACUAUUUCAUAAGCAGUAAUGCGCUGUGUUGUACAGUUUGU